GAGAUAUAGGAACCAAGUAAACUACCCUGAACUCAGAAAACAUUUAAUAUUUUAAACAAUUAUAUUAAAUCAGCAUAUUAGCUAGUAUAUCGAGUUGGCGGGCAUCUUUGGAUUGAUAAAAACCGGGGACAUGCGUAUAUUGUUUAUAUCGAAAGUAUUCACGAGUUAUUGCUAGGGAUUAUAAGUAUUUUUCUUGAUUUAUUUUAACUUCCUGUAUUUGCGGUGAAUGGCAGCUGAGGAGUUGCUGGCCUUCCUGAUGGGAAUGCUGUCGUCUGCUGUGGCAGGGAUCCUGACUUGUUAUUUCUUCCAACGCCACAACAAACGAUACCAUCAAUGUGUUCACAACAGCAAUGGAUCGGUUGGUCCGGAAGUGUGCAAGUAUUUUCUGAAUGCUGUCGGAUUGCUUCCCCGGCUAAGAGAACUUCCGGUCGCCCUUAAUUUACUUCCCAAAACAACAUACAAGUCAGUGUUAGAACUAGAAAUCAUUGAAGAAAAAGACCCCAUCUCAGGACAAUGUUACAGUCGUUUUUAUUCCAAAGAGAAAACAUAGCUUAUCCAGGAUAAAUAGUGUUUUCAAAAGAACUGAGGCAAUCAUGCAAAUUAGUGUAAAUCCCAUGUAGAAAAUCACCAAUAUUAAAAUAAAAAAUCAAAGUGGACAAAAAUUUGUAUUAACUUUAUUUAUUUUUU